GAAGCAACAGGCAGCUAGACACUUCACAGCUAGGAGCUCAACUCACUCAAACUUGCAGAAAGUCACAAAGAAAUGGGAACUCUCCUACUUACUCGCAGACCACUAACUGUCAUGUGGACCUACCUUCAUCAAUGGCAUUAACUUGGCUAUUAAGAACCAUGUAAAGAAGACCUCACUCUCACUAGAGUCAAUUAUCUGGACAGGAUUAUCAGGACAAAAUGUGAAGAAACAUUCUGCAGGAUAGAAGAGAUACUGUCAGAAAGAUGAACCCAGAAUCCCUGGACUCUUCCAUCCAGAGUGCCCUGUCUGCUCUGUUCCCGCCCUUUGAGGUCACAGCGCCCACCGUCCUCAGUCAGCUGUUUAGGACCAUCGAGGAGCGCUUCCAUGGUGACGCGCUGCACUGCUUGCUCGACUUCCUCAUCCCGUCCAAACACCUCCUGGAGAGCGUGCAGCAGGCGGCGUGUGCUGCAUACUCGGAUGUGCUUUUCCGUUGUGAGGGCUGGCCCCUGUGCCUCCACGACAGGACAGUAAUCCAGCUGGCCCCCCUCAACCCUCUCCUGCUGCGCCCCGGAGACUUCUACCUGCAGUUGGAGCCCUUUGGCGAACAGGCAACCCGCAUCGUCCUCAAGAGUCUCCUGGAGGAGGGCUGCCAUGAGGUGGAGGAGACCCCCAUCCCCGACACCACCUACCCCUGUAUCUUUACCCUUGAUUGGCUGAGGGAGGUGAACGAUGGCCGCCAUGGCACCCCGCUGUCCCACUGCCUGCUUUCCACCGACCAGGGAGUGAUGAAGGUGCCCUGGGCGCAAGUGGCCAUCCCCGAGUUUCUGGUCAAGCCCAAGACCAUGACUACACCAAGUGUUAUCCGGGACGUUCCGUUUGAGUCACGGCAGUUGCAGAUUCCAUCCUCUUCCGACUCUACAUCUUCCGCCCUUUCUCUGGAGACCAUGAUCCUUCCUGCCAGGGACGGGAUCUCUGUGUCCUUGCGACUCAUGGAUGGUACCUCGAAACUAAUCAAUGGGGACCAUGAAAAACCUGUCCCCAAACUGCAUGCCAAACCCCUAGUCAAGCCUGUGGGCUGGGUGUCGCCCAACACCUGGGACACCAGCUGGAACUACCACGAGAUCGAAGGUGACUAUGUGGAUUUAGUGGAGUUCUCCAAGGAGAAAGAGUCUCUUGCGGGACGCAGUAGGAAUCCCAACCCUUCUACUCCUCUCCCUUUGUUCAAACCAGUCAGGCCCCCUCCUCCUAUACCGCAUGGGAGCAGCACCCCCUGUGGGUGCACCCUCAGGUUUGCGGAGGAGCCUUGCACACCAUGCAGCCAGAGGAGACUAGGGCAAGAGCCUAGUGGGUAUGAACUAAAGUGCAGGUACAGGGACUCCUACCUAGCAGCACUGCGCAACCCAGUUUCCGGCCCCUGCGGAGGGGAGGAGUCAGGCUUCAAGGGUCACGCCAGAGGUCUGGGUCAGGACCUCUGGGAGUGCUGUAACCACUAUAAGGAGCCUAUUGUAUGUCACGAGCCACACCAACAUGGGCACUUCGCUAAGGAAUCCCCAAACCUAAAUCACAUAACACACAAAUCUAUCGAACCUGCCGUAACUCACGAACCAGGAAAACAUACUAAAGAACCUCAAGUCAUUCAUAAACUCUGCCAAGUGGAACCCCAUAACCAAGAAUUUCAAACAAACCACAAAGCCCAUCAAAUGGGACCUGAUUCAAUGUUAAUCUUACCUCCGGUGGGCCCUCACCCGGGCGUGGUUGAUGCCUUUGAGUGUGACUUCACCUCCAAGCCAGUUUGGAACCCGGAGGCAGUGAAAACCAUUGGUAAACACAAGGCCAAGCCCAGGUCACUCUCCACUGUGUCCGAGACUGCCAGAGGAAGUCCUCUGGUUCAUAAACUGAACAACAGGAGCCACAGUGACAUCUGUCCAGAGAUGACCCCCCCCAGUGUCCAGUGUAAGAAAAUCACUGCCUUCGGCCUGGUGUCCCCCAAGCUGGAGAGUUGGCAGUCUGCAAAGAAUGAUCCCCCGCCUGGCAAAGUUGAAACGCACACUACUACACACCCCAACGGACCUGACACCAAACUCCAGAGUCCAAAGACUAAGCCAUCAGCACCUCCAAUCCAACCCCCCUCCCCCAUAUACAGAACUCCUCCAUAUCCCCCCUCCCAAGACUCCAUCUUCAGAAGCAUCAGCGGCCUACUUCACCUGGGCAUCGUCAGUCUACCAGGUAGCAGAGACAGGGUGGGCAGGGCCGUACUGGAGGUCCAUGGGGACAGGCAGGCCUGGACGUCUCCUCUGCUGUCCGCCCAGGAGGUGUGUAAAGUGCUACUCUACCUUCACUCCAUCCCCAGAAAAGAGGUCCGGGACCUGGGAAUGACAGUGGUGAUCAAUGCCAGGAAGAAGCCCCCUCCCUCCCUCUUCUACAAAGCCCUAAUGAUGCUUCAGGAGCAAGCCCUGCAUGCAGUUCAUAGUGUGCUGAUGCUGGUGGAUAAAGAAACAAGCCCUCGCCCUGAAAGACACCCUGGGCUACAGAUGGACGUGGUGACCUCUCUGAAGGCCCUGCACAAGACGGUGGAGGGACAACAGCUGACCUCUGACCUAGGCGGGAACUUUCCCUACAGCCACAUUGAUUGGCUGCAGUUUCACCAGAAACUGGUUUCCUUUGUGUCGGACUUGCAAGGGGCAGCCCAUUUACUACAUAGAGCAAUCAAGAAAAUUGAUGGUAAUCCAAAAACAGACACCGACCAGGAUGUGCAGCUAUGUAUUCAAGAUCAGAAGACCUCAAUGAAAGAGGUGCUGCAGGAUGCCCGAUUGGUCCAUUUACAGAGAGAAGGUGGGGCCAUCCUGACCAGAAUGAGGAGGGAGGAGUUUCGAUUUACCAAGUCCGACGACUACAGGGAUGCCUUGGAGUCAGUGACGGUCCUAUAUAACCAGAUGGAAGAGAGUGUUCAUACCCUGGUGAUGAGGUCCAAUGAAUCACUACAGCAUCUGGACUUCCUGCUCAAACUCAGGGAGGCGGAGUCAAAUCUCAAUAUGGCAAUGGCAUGGUUCGAUACAGAAGGAGAGCAACGGCUGAAGGACUCCAACUCCACUGAGGACACCCUGGAGAGUGUGAACCAAGCCUUUCAGCGCUUUGACACCGUCCUCACUCAGGCCAAGGAGAAGAAACAGAAGACCUUGACCCUGGUGAUGGAGGUGGAGAAGAUUCUGGGUUCCACCAACUCCAACCCCGAGACUGAGGUUUUUAGGACUGUGAUGAACACGUUCAAAUCCAAUAUGGCCGACUUUAUGUUGCGCGCCGAGCAACGGCGUACCGAGCUUGACAACAUGGUGCAUGUCUACCGCUUCUGUGAAGAGGCUGCUGCCCUUGCUAAGGAAUGCAGGCAAUAUCUGGAGCAGGUAGAGACAGGGUGCUAUCCUGCCAAAGCCAAUCUAAGCAUGCUUAAGACCUACGAGGAGAGAUUGGUUGACUGCUUCUCGGCCCGACACUUCCAGAAGAUCAAAGCCAAAGCCUGCAGCAUGAGGGGCUCUGGGGGGAUGAAUUUGUGGAAUGCAGUCUGGUUCCAGUGCCAGGAAGUCAGUCAGCGGCUGGGGGAGAGAUUGCAGCAGCAGGAGAACACAGCAAACAAAUACCAGCAGCAACCCACAGCUGGCGGAGCUCAAGUGAAGAGCAGGGUGUUAGAGACAGGGAAGGAGAGGGAGAAAGAGGAGGAGGAGGUGGUGGCCCCUUGCUCCCUCACCCAAGCCUCAACCUCCCAUCCAGGGGUGCCCGAUAUUGCCAAUAACUCAGAGAGGGCCUCCGUGGAACAGAUGGAGAGCAGAGACAGCCGUGCAAGGGACAGCACUCACAUCACGUGUUUUAACCUCCCUUUCAAAGCGGACUCGAAAGGGAGCAUAGGAACCAAAGAAGCAUCCCAGUCACCCAAAUCCCCAGGCAUAGAGGGGAAACUGACGACAGCGGUGCCCCAAGAUGGAGAAGUUGGACCAGGAAGGCACCACAGCGAGACGGACCUCAAGACGGGGGAUCUGAUUGGUGGGUGUGAGGCGUUUCCAUGGAAACGUGGCGCUUUGGGGUGGUCCCUGAGUGAGGGUUCCUGUAUGAGCUCUCUCCUGUCCUCAGAGUAUGGCUCCUCCCCCUUGUCGGCAAGACACUCCCAUAGUCGGCCCUUAGUAGUGGCACUGCAGUCCCCCCAAAACCCUUAUGAUAUCUCCCAUAAUGGAAGUUUCUGCUCCGGCCACUCCUGCUGUAGGACAAAUGGGAAAAGGGACGAUGACAGAGAAGAUGGUGACCCCACAGAGGUGUCUUCAGUGUCCUUCGCUGACCCCUGUGACCCGAAUGGUGACAGGACCCAGAAGGCCUCAUCUUUGGCCGACACACAAGCUGAAGAUAAUGGAAACAAUGUCCUGAAGUUGCAGAGGAUCAUGGAGGAGCUCUUGUUGACUGAGAGGGAGUAUGUACGAUCUCUAGGUUACGUCCGAGAGCACUACUUCCCCGAGCUGGAGAGGCCUGACGUGCCUCAGGACCUAAGGGGCCAGAGGGGGAGCAUUUUCGGCAACCUGGAGAAGCUCCAUGACUUCCAUCGACACCACUUCCUGAAAGAGCUGGAGGGCUGCCUCCGAGAGCCCUUCAGGGUGGGACGCAGCUUCCUACGACAUAGAGAGAGCUUUGGUCUGUACGCCCUCUACAGCAAGAACAAACCCAAGUCUGACAGCUUACUCAUCAACCACGGCCAUGACUUCUUCAAGCAAAAACAGCUGCAGCUGGGCGACAAGAUGGAUCUGUCGUCUUACCUGCUGAAGCCGGUGCAGCGGAUCAGCAAGUACAGCCUGCUGCUGCAGGACAUGGUGAGGGAUUGCGGGCCCCACAGGGGCCGCGAGGAGGCCGAAGUCCAGUGUGCCCUGGAAGUCAUCCAGUUCCAGUUGCGCCAUGGCAACAACCUGCUGGCCAUGGACGACAUACAGGACUGUGAUGUCAACCUGAAGGAGCAGGGGCAGCUGAUUCGUCAGGACGAGUUCCUGGUGUCCUUCAGGAAGAAGAAAUGUUUCCGCCACAUCUUCCUCUUCCAGGACCUCAUCCUCUUCAGCAAGACCAAGUGGACUGAUGUGGGCAACGACACUUAUGUCUACAAACAGUCAUUUAAGACCUCUGACAUUGGGAUGACCCAUAACUCAGGGGACAGCGGGCUGUGCUUUGAGAUCUGGUUCCGAAGGAGGAAGUCCCAUGACACGUACACGCUGCAGGCCAGGAACAGGGAAGUGAAGGAGGCCUGGACUAAAGACCUUAAGCGCAUCCUCUGGGAGCAGGCUGUACACAACAGAGAGAUUCGUAUGCAGGAGAGGGUGUUCAUGGGUAUCGGGAACAAGCCCUUCAUGGACAUCCAGCCUAGCGAUGCGGCCAUCAACGACAGGGCAGUCAAUUGUACUCUGAUGGGAAGAGAAUCCAAGGCGUUGGCCUCCUCGGGAACGUCUGGCUUGCAGGGCAGGUUUCCUGUGCUGCGGCCUAACUCCAUUGGCUCGGGGAGCUGUUCGUCGUCUUCCGGCAGCCACUCCUCUUCGUCCUCGGGGAGAGGGUCCCUGUCGUCUGCCGUGGGUGGGAACCUUUGUGGCCCGAAGCGGAGGGGGGCAGGGGGUCACGGGGGGUACUCCGCACCCCCUGGGGUCCUGGAAGAGGAUGACAUGGACCAGGAGAGCAGGAGUCAGAAUCUACUGAUGAACAGCUCAGAGUCUUCGGGAGAGAGCGUGAGCGGCUUCAGCAGCUGUCACUCCGCCAUUGGUGGAGAGGCGGAGGACGCCUCCUCCGUGUGCGCCUCCGUCGUCAGCCUGAAGGAGGUGCUAGCCCGCAGACCCGAAGCCGACCUCCACAAGGCCAAGAGUCCCACCCGGUCCACAGAGAAAACCAUCUCGCCCUUGCUCCCACCCAGACCACCAGCCAUGACUAAGGAUCCACCCAAGGUUCAAAAUGUGGCCAUUGGAAAGUCAACCGAGGUUUGAGCUCUGAGUUUGAAUUGGACCUAUCCACAACAGAAGGACACCAUGAACUGUGUCACUGUAUAAAGGGGACUAUUAUAUGACAGUUACUGUACUCUACUUUUUCUAUUCUGUUUUUAUCUGACCACUAAAAUGACAUGUAUUUCACAUAUGUUCUUAUUGUUUUGCAAUUAAACAUGUACGUCUGAAUUGUGUUUGCAUUGUGUAAGACAAGUACAUUCAACAUGUAAUUAACCUCAGUGUUAUAUCAGAUUCAAUAGCUAUAAUGUAUACCUAUAAUGGUAUACUUAAUGGUAUACUUAUAAUACCAUACCUGUAAUGUCACCAUGUCACCCUAUAUAAAGCACAGCGUUUUAGGGGAUUGACAUAAUAGGUUAUAGUGAAUUGCAAAAUGUGACAAAGAAAUUGUUGCACGUGAUGCAACCAUCAUACCUGUCCUUGAGCGUGCUCUGACCUGUAAUCGGCAGGUGUGAAUGUCAUGCCAGGCAUAGAGCAUGUUCUCUGCCAAGCUAAACCAAUAACACAUGCUCUCAGGAAACUGUGUGGGUAACAUUUAGAUAAAACUGUGGUGAAUCAAUCAAUUAAUCAACUUCACCUGUCUUUUUAUGUAUACUGAGCAAAAAUAUAAAUGCAACAUGUAAAGUGUUGGUCCCAUGUUUCAUGAGCUCAAAUAAAAGA